AUGCCCAGUCUGGUCAUGGACAGGCCACCAGGACAGAAUCCAGUAGGGCCCGAAGAACAGGAUCUAGCAUCAGUGAGUCCAGUGACACGGAAACACACUCAGGAGUCCCACAGACACACACAAGAUCCGCUCAUGGCCAGGCUGGAUCCCAGCAUGAAGACUUGGGAUCCUCCCGUGAAGGAAGACAGGGAACUACUCACAGACAGCAAAGAGACACCACUAGACAUACACUGUCUGGUCAUGCACAGGCCACCAGAACAGAAUCCAGUAGGACGGGAAGAACAAGAUCUAGGAGCAGUGAGUCCAGUGACAGGGGAAGGCCUUCAGGAAUCCCACAGACACAGGCAGGAUCCCCUCAUGGCCAUGCUGGAUCUCAACAUGGAGAGUCGGGAUCCACCCAGGAAGGAAGACAGGGAACUACUCACAGACAGCAAGGACACACCACUAGACAAGCUCAUUCUGGUCUUGGACAGGCCACCAGGACAGAAUCUAGCAGGACCCAAAGAAGCAGAUCCGGUGCCAGUGAAUCGAGUGACAGGGAAAGGCACUCAGGACUCCCACAGACACACACAGAGUCCCCUCAUGGCCAGGCUGGAUCUGAACAUGGAGAGUCGGGAUCCACCCGGGAAGGAAGACAGGGAACUACUCACAGACAGGCAGGAGACACCACUAGACAUACCCAGUCCACUCAUGGACAAGCCACCAGGUCAGAAUCCAGUAGGACUGGGAGAAGAGAAUCCAGUGUCAGUGAGUCCAGUGACAGUGAAAGGCACUCAGGAGUCCCACGGACACAGGUAGGGUCCCCUCAUGGCCACCCUGGAUUCCAACAGGGAGAGUCAAGAUCCACACUGAAAGGGAGACAGGGAACAACUCACAGACAGGUAGGAGACUCCACUAGACAUGCCCAGUCUGGUCAUGGACAGGCCACCAGGACACAAUCCAGUAGGGCCCAAAGAACGGGAUCUAGCAUCAGUGAGUCCAGUGACACGGAAACGCACUCAGGAGUCCCACAGACAAACACAGGAUCCGCUCAUGGCCAGGCUGGAUCUCAGCAUGAAGACUUGGGAUCCUUCCGUGAAGGAAGACAGGGAACUACUCACAGACAGCAAGACGACACCACUAGACAUACCCAGUCUGGCCAUGGACAGGCCACCAGGACACAAUCCAGUAGUACCCAAAAAACGGGAUCUAGCAGCAGUGAGUCCAGUGACAGGGGAAGGCUUUCAGGAGUCCCACAGACACAGGCAGGGUCCCCUCAUGGCCAUGCUGGAUCUCAACAUGGAGAGUCGGGAUCCCCCCGGGAAGGAAGACAGACAACUACUCACAGACAGGCAAGAGACACCACUAGACAUACCCAGUCCACUCAUGGACAAGCUACCAGGUCAGAAUCCAGUAGGACUGGGAGAAGAGAAUCCAGUGUCAGUGAGUCCAGUGACAGUGAAAGGCACUCAGGAGUCCCACAGUCACAGGCAGGGUCCCCUCAUGGCCACCCUGGAUUCCAACAGGGAGAGUCAGCAUCCACCCAUGAAGGAAGACAGGAAACUACUCACGGACAGCAAGUAGACACCACUAGACAUACACUGUCUGGUCAUGCACAGGCCACCAGGACAGAAUCCAGUAGGACGGGAAGAACAGGAUCUAGGAGCAGUGAGUCCAGGGACAGGGGAAGGCCUUCAGGAGUCCCACAGACACAGGCAGGGUCCCCUCAUGGCCAUGCUGGAUCUCAACAUGGAGAGUCGGGAUCCACCUGGGAAGGAAGACAGGGAACUACUCACAGACAGGCAAGAGACACCACUAGACAUACCCAGUCCACUCAUGGACAAGCCACCAGGUCAGAAUCCAGUAGGACUGAAAGAAGAGAAUCCAGCAUCAAUGAGUCCAGUGAAAGGCCUUCAGGAGUCCCACAGACACACACAGCGUCCCCUCAUGGCCAUGCUGGAUCUCAACUUAGAGAGUCAACAUCUACCCAUGAAGGUAGACUGGGAACUACUCGCCCACAGACAGGAGACACCACUGGACCUGCCCAGUCUGGUCAUGGACAAGCCACCAGCGCAGAAUCCAGGUGGACUGGAAGAAAGGGAUCUAGUGUGAGUGAGUCCAGCGACACUGAAAGGCACUCAGGUGUGUCACAAGGACACUCAGUUUCUAGUCAUAGGCAUUUUGGUUCUAUCCCCCAAAACACAGUUAGUAAUACAACCAGAAGACAUGGUUCUAGUACUGAAGAGUCAGGAGAUAGUUCUAAACAUUCCAUAAUUGAACAAGGGAAGACUUCAAUUCAUAAGCAACCUAGUUCCAGAAGAUCAGGAAUACAGGCAUCCUCCCAUAGACAUGUUGGAGACAAAUCUACAUUCUCAGGUUCAGCUCAGAGGCACACCACAUCUUCUCGUGGACAGUUAGGAAUUGGCACAACAGAACAAGGUGGAUCCAGCCAUACACAGUCGCAUGAUACUCAUAAACACACCAGUGAUAGCAUAAGUAAGCAUUCACAUAGCAGUCAUCACCAAUCUAGAGUAAGUCAUUCUCAGUCACAGCUUAGUGGAAGACAAAGACAUGGAUCAGGUCAAGGAUGGAAACAUGGCAGUUAUGGAAGUGCUGAAUAUGAUUAUGGGCAGUCUGGGUAUGGACCCUCUGGGGGCAGCAGAACAAGCAGCCACAAUUCUAGCCCUUUGAGGUCAACAGAGAGAGCUGCAAACAAUCAAGUGUCUACACAUGGACAAUUAAUUUCUGGUUAUGACCAUACAGGAUCAAAAGUAACUGAAAUAACAGAAAGACAAGGUUCAAGUCAUGGACAAUCAGUUGAUUCCCAUAAUCAGUCUGCAUCCAGUGUAACUAGAAGGCAGGGAUCUAGUCAUGGGCAUUCAGUAGUAAGUCAUGAACCAUCAAGUGACACUCAUGUUCAAUCUGGAAGGUGGCAGUCAAGCAACCAUUCUAUAUUCAGCCAUGGACAAUCUAUAUCAGCUCAUUGCCAUUCAAAAUCUGGUUCAACUCUUAGGCAGGGAUCCCAUAGUGGUAAUAAAGGGAAUUCCAAAGAUUGGGGGAAACAGAUUCAUGAAUCAUCAGGAUCUACUCAUGGACAGUCGGAGUUCAAUAAUAUAAGUAUGCAUGAAUCCAGCCAGGAGCAUUUAGGAGAUACAUCUUCUCAGGAGCAGAUAAGAUCCAGCACAAGUUUAGUAAGACAAGGAUCAAGUAAUAGACAAUCAGUAGACAUCCAGGGUCAAUCUGGAUUCAGCACCAAUGAAAGACAAGUAUAUAGCCAUGACCAAUCAAGUGACAGCUAUGAGCAGUCAGGUGAUAGCAGAAGCAGGAGGCAAGGGUUCAUUUCUAGUCACUCUCUUAAUAGACAAGACCCUACAGGAAGUGAAAAAUAUGAGUAUAGACAUUCAUCAAGCAGUAAAACCAUAUGGAGUGGGGAAAAACAAAAGCAAGGGCCCACAUCAAGUUUGUUAGGAAGCAUCAGUAUAUAUAGUCAGGAUGUGGACAACAUGCAUACAAGAAACUCUGAGGCCAGAGGUUGCCAUAAAAGGGAGAGAACAGAAUCAGGUUCCUUUUACUUAGAAGGUAACACUCCACUCUAUGAAUAUGUCCAAGAACAAAGGUAUUACUACUUUGAAUAAUUUGAAACCAACAGAAAACAAACUAGCUCAAAUAAGAAAUGAGACAUACAACAUGGAAUUAAGAUACAUGACCUUUUCUUUUGGUAGGGGGGUAUAUAGCUGUCCUUUUAUUUAACUGUAGCACUGUACUCUAUUUCUUUUGUUUGGUGCAAGGUUUUUGUAAGGCUCCACAAUCACUAAGCUCUUUGGUUAGAAAACAAUGAAUGGAAGAAGUAAAUAGCAUUUGGAACUAUAUUCAAAACUAUAUGACAAAGUCAUUUGGGUGCUUUAGGAUAAAAUGAGCAUUUUUUAAAAAUUUCUCAGACUCAGAUUAUGGACUUUCCAGAUUUUAUUUUAAUUGACCACUGACAAACCUAUCCAGGGAGCUAAGAAACAUGAUUUUGGAGCCAAAAUUUCUCCAAUAAUAUUGUAACACAUUCCAUGUUCUGAACAAAGAAUGUUAUAGUAGGUGAUGAGUCAGAAUAUUUGCAUCUUUUGUGCCACCACUGGAACUAGAUACUACUAUUUCUGAAUUUAUUGUCAUGAUCUCCUAUAUUGCAUAAAAUUGUCAAUAAAUUUUACAUCAAGGUAA